UAGACCGGAACUCUCUCGUCCUUUACUGAAUUUUCCUUUUUUUGGGUUUUAUAAGCUAAGCUCGCUCUCCUUUCAGCAGCUCUCCAGUUUCUUCUACAACCUCCUGCAAUCUGUACGCAGCUCUCUAUUCCGCUUAACCCCUACUGCCCCUCUCUUUGCGAUUUUGUAUUCUUCUCUGAUUCCUAACCAUGGCCGAUGAAGCCAAAGCCAAGGGCAACGCUGCCUUCUCUGCCGGUGAUUUCUCAGGCGCCGUGCAUCACUUCUCGGAAGCCAUCUCGCUUGCCCCAACCAACCAUGUUCUCUACUCGAAUCGAUCUGCCGCCUAUGCCUCUAUGCACCAGUACUCCGAUGCCUUGACCGACGCAAAGAAAACCGUGGAGCUCAAGCCCGACUGGUCCAAGGGCUACAGCCGGCUCGGCGCGGCUCACCUCGGCUUGGGUCACCACGACGAUGCCGUCUCUGCUUACAAGAAGGGCCUCGAGUACGACCCCAACAACGAGGCCCUCAAGUCCGGCCUAGCUGACGCCCAGUCCGCCGCUUCCAGGUCCCGGGCGCCGCCGCCGAGCAAUCCCUUCGGCGACGCGUUCUCCGGCCCCGAGAUGUGGGCCAAGCUCACGGCCGAUCCAAGCACCAGGGCCUAUCUUCAACAGCCCGAUUUCGUGAAGAUGAUGCAGGAUAUUCAGAAAAACCCUAGUAAUCUGAACCUCUAUCUCAAGGACCAGAGGGUUAUGGAAGCGCUUGGGGUUUUGCUUAACAUAAAAUUACGGACACCUACUUCGGAUGACAUGGAGAUGCCGGAGUCUUCUCCAUCCCCGCAGCCGCCUGAGAGAAAGAGACCCGCGGAGGCCGAGCCGGCGAAGGAGCCAGAGCCGGAAACGGAGCCGAUGGAUCUGACGGAUGAGGAAAAGGAGGCAAAGGAGAGGAAGGGGCAGGCGCAGAAGGAAAAGGAAUUGGGUAAUGCUGCCUACAAGAAGAAGGAUUUUGAUACGGCAAUUGCGCAUUAUACGAAGGCGAUGGAGUUGGACGACGAGGACAUUUCCUAUAUUAUGAACCGGGCUGCCACUUAUCUGGAAAUGGGACAGUAUGAUGAAUGUAUUAAAGAUUGUGAAAACGCCAUUGAAAAGGGAAGAGAGCUUAGAUCAGACUUUAAGAUGAUAGCAAAAGCCUUAACUAGGAAGGGAACUGCCCUGAUGAAAAUGGCGAAAUGCUCAAAGGACUAUGAACCUGCUAUUGAGACUUUCCAGAAAGCUCUUACAGAGCAUCGCAACCCAGACACAUUGAAGAAACUAAAUGAUGCUGAAAAAGCAAAGAAGGAACUGGAGCAACAAGAGUACUUCGAUCCCAAAGUUGCUGAUGAGGAGCGUGAGAAAGGCAAUGAGUAUUUCAAGCAGCAGAAGUAUCCUGAGGCUGUGAAGCAUUACACCGAAUCCCUGAGAAGGAAUCCCAAAGAUCCAAAGGCAUAUAGUAAUAGAGCUGCAUGCUACACAAAACUUGGGGCUUUGCCUGAGGGAUUGAAAGAUGCGGAGAAGUGUAUUGAGCUCGAUCCCACCUUUUCCAAGGGAUAUAAUAGAAAAGGUGCCGUCCAGUUCUUCAUGAAAGAAUAUGACAAAGCUUUAGAAACCUAUCAGAUGGGGCUGAAACAUGAUCCUAGCAACCCCGAAUUGCUUGAUGGUGUUAGGAGAUGCGUAGAACAAAUUAAUAAGGCCAGUCGUGGGGAUUUGAGCCCUCAGGAAUUGGAGGAGAGACGGGCUAAGGCAAUGCAGGACCCUGAAAUUCAGAACAUCCUCCAAGACCCCGUUAUGAGACAGGUGUUGAUGGAUUUCCAGGAAAAUCCCAAGUCUGCUCAGGAACACACAAAGAACCCAAUGGUGAUGAGCAAGAUACAAAAGCUGAUUAGUGCUGGAAUUGUUCAGAUGAGAUGAAAAUGAGGAAAUAUUUAACAAGAAAAAGAUUUUGCGUCACUCAAAAUGUACUUGUGUGAAUUGAGUGGAUUAUUUCAUUAUUAAGAAAAACUACUUUUAGUUGGAAAAACUUUCGAGAUGUUUCUCGCUUUCAAGUUGAUCAAUGAAGGUAUUUCUUGUGUUUUUGGCCA